AUGAAUGAAAUAUUUACUAAUAAAAAUGAAAACAAAUUGAUAAAUAAAAACAGUCAAUAUGAAAAAGAUGAUAAUUUUAAAAAUAAUAUUAUAAAUGUACCAGAAAUAAUAAGUAAAAAUGAAAUAAAAAACGAAGAAAAAAAUUUUGAUUGUAUUAUUUCAUUAAAUGAAGCUAAAAAGCGUCGAUUAUGUGAAGAAAAAUUGGUAAAGAGUAAUAAAAUGAAUUGUACUGAUAGUAAAGAAUUUGAUGCAUAUAAUUUUGAUGAAAUGAUAAUUAAAAAUAAUUAUAAUGCAGAAUAUAGUAAAUAUGUUAACAUUAAUAAUAUGAAAUGUAAUGAUAAAAAUUAUAAUUCUGAAGAUAUGAGAAAAAAAAAAAAUAUAAAUAGUAAGAAAAAAUUAACAGUGACAAACGAACAGGGAUAUAAUAUAUGUAGUGAUGAUUUAAUAAAAGUACAAAAUAUUAAAAAUGAUUUUUUAAAAAAAACACUCAUAUCUGAUUAUGAAAAAGACUCUUGUUUGAAAAAUAACCAAGGUUUGUUAAAUGAGAGCAUUAAUAAUUUUGAAAGUGAUAAAAAUUUAAUAAAUAAUUAUAAAGAUAAAAAAUAUUCUGAUAAAGAUAAAAGUCUCUUAUUCCAUGAAAGUGAAAAAGAGAACAAUAUAAAUACAACAAAUUCUAUAAAUAUAAAUAACUCAGAGAAAGAAAUGAGGUAUUCAAAUAGUAAAACUGUUGAAAAUUAUGAAGAACAUAAAAAUAAUAUUAAUAAUCAAAGUGACUCUAUUAAAGUGGAUAUUUUUUAUUCAAGUAAAAGCGAAAAAUCAUUAGGUGAAAGUGAUGAAAAUAGUUCAUAUGACUCGGUUGAGGAAUUUUAUGAAAAUAUAUGUCAAUCGGAUGUUCCUCUAGAUUUUUAUAAAAAUUUUUUAAAAACAAAAAAUUCAAACCUUUUAGAAUCAGAUAGUUAUUUAGAUUCAAAAAAUGAUGCAACUGAAGAAAUUAACAUUUUGAAUACUUAUAUUAAAAGUGUCAUAGAAACAUCACAAAAUUCUACAUCUUUAGAUGUUGAUAAUAAAUUAAUUAAUAUUCUUUCCUUGUCAUUUUUAACUUUCAUUGAUCAUGUAAUAUAUGAUUCCCAUAUUUAUGCUCUAAAAGAUGAAUUCUUAAAAGGAGAAGUAAUAAAAUCUAAAAGCGAAGAUGAAGUUAACUGUAAAGAAUAUGAAAAGGUAAAAGAUUUAUAUAAUUUUAUUCCAGCAGAUAGAAAUAAAAUAAAAAAUAAAAUGAAUGAUUCAAAUGAAGAAAAUAAUAUUAUUAAUGAAAAUACAUUUAAUAGUAAAUUUCAAAAAUCAUCUACAAAUUCAAGUAUAGCUAAUUGUAAUGAUUCAAAAGAAAGACAUGAAAAAAAUUCAAAUAUGAGAGAAUCGAAUAAUGAUGUAGAAAAAAAAAGAAAAAAUAAUAUCAGUAUGAUCUAUAAUCCAGACGUAAUUAAUUUAUGCUUAACUAACUUAUAUAGUCAAAAAUUAGUUGAUAAAAUUAUGGAUAAAAAAAAAAAUAAUAAAGAAGUGUCAACUUUUAAUAACUUAGUUUUAUCAAAAAAUGAAGAUAUAUUAACUGUUGAUAAAAAAGCAGAAAAUUUAAAAAAGUACGAUAGUGAUUUAGGAAACGAAAAAAAAGUAGAAAAAGAAAUUUUGGAGUCAGAAAAUCAUAUAAAAGAAAAAAAUGAUGAAAUGAAAGAAAAUAUAAAUUUUAAUAAAAAUGAAAAACCACAGCUAACUAAUUCAAACGAUAAAUUAUAUCAAAGAAAAGUAAUAAUAAAACAAAUAAAUGAUAAAAUAAAAAAAAACAAUAAUAAUAUGAGUAAAUUUUUAAACUAUCAAAAAUAUUCUCUGGAGGAUUUAUUUGAGAUUUAA